AUGUGGGUUGGAACAACACUCCAAUGUGAAUCAAAAGGCCAAGGUUAUGGUUCUGUCAAGAAGGUAAGCACUUCUUUGUUAACUUGUUAUCUUGUUCACAGUAUUCUGUUUCGUCACAAAAUAGGGAACAGAAUAAAAGAGAUUACACAGAAGUUAGAUGCGAUUGCUGCUAAUCGUAGUAAAUUUCACUUGACCGAGAGAGUUGUGGUGGAGUCGAAAGUUGAAUAUGAUGUAAGCCGUGAAACCAGCUCCGUUAUAACUGAACCACAACUCUAUGGAAGAGAUGAAGAUAAAGAAAAGAUUGUCAAAUUUCUGGUCGAGCAUGUAUGUGAUAUUGAGGAUGUUUCUGUGUAUCCUAUACUUGGUAUAGGCGGGCUUGGAAAGACGACCCUCGCGCAAAUGGCCUUCAAUGAUGAGAGGGUCAAACACCACUUCGAUCUUAAAAUUUGGGUUUAUGUUUCUCAAGAUUUUGAUGUGAAAAGCGUGAUCAAAGCAACAAUAGAAUCUGCAAAUGGAAAUGCUUGUGAGGCAGUUGACCUAGACUCACUGCAGAGAAGGCUUCGUGACAUGCUGAAUGGAAAAAGAUACCUGAUUGUAUUAGAUGAUGUGUGGGACGAAGAUCUAGACAAGUGGGAUGCUCUCAAGUAUUCACUAGCAUGUGGAUCAAAAGGCGCUUCCGUAGUCGUCACUACUCGUAUUGAAAAGGUUGCAUCUAUUAUGGGAACUAUUUCACCGCAUUGCUUGUCAAUUUUAUUCGAGAAAUAUUGUUGGUUGUUGUUCAAGCAACGAGCAUUUGGAUGUGGAAAUGAAGAACAUCCAAACCUUGUGGCCAUCGGGAAGGAGAUAGUAAAGAAGUGUGGUGGUGUGCCUUUAGCUGCAAAGGCCCUCGGAGGGCUAAUGCUCUUCAAAAGUCAGGAAAAAGAGUGGCUUCAUGUUAAGGAAAGUGAAAUUUGGAACUUAACCCAGGACAAAAAUUCCAUCUUGCCUGCCUUAAGAUUAAGUUACUUUUAUCUUCCAUUGGAAUCAAGACAAUGUUUUGCUUAUUGUGCCAUUUUCCCAAAGGGUUCUGAAAUUCAAAAGAGAGAUUUAAUUUAUCUUUGGUUGGCUAAUGGCUAUAUUUCAUGCAAAGGAGGAUGGGAACCGGAAGAUAUUGGUGAUCAGAUUUGGAAUGAAUUAUGUUUGAUAUCUUUUUUCCAAGACGUGAAGAAAUAUUACAACGAUAUGUGUUUCAAGAUGCAUGAUCUUGUGCACGAUCUUGCCCAAUCAAUUAUGAAGGAUGAAUGUGAAAUGAUCGAGUUUAACAGUUCAAGUAAUAUAUCCAAUGAAAAAGUUCGCCAUGUAACAUCGGUUGUCGGGCGUGGGGAUAAUUUUAAUAACACAUUUCACAAAGUUGUAUCCUUACAGACAUUACGACUGAAACUUCCGACAAUUUACUCAUUAGAAGAUGACAAGUUUUUGUGUGAUUUCAGAAAGUUUGGUUCACUGCGAGCUUUUGAUGCAGGGGGCAAUCGAAUGGUAAAGUUGCCAUCUUCAAUUGGCAACUCAAAACAUCUGAGGUAUCUGGACCUUCAUUCUGCUCGUAUCAAUCAACUUCCUGAUUCAAUUUGUAGCCUCUUGAAUUUGCAAACAUUAAUUCUAGACUACUGUGGGUAUCUUCAGAGAUUGCCCCAGAACAUGAUGUACCUGAGAAGUCUCCGACAUCUUUAUCUGUUAGGUUGUCCGUUAAUUGAGAUGCCCCCAAAAAUUGGGCAGCUAACUAACCUGAAGACAUUAAAUACAUUUGUUGUGGGUAAGAGCACUGAUUGUAGUCUCCUAGCUGAAUUGAAAUGCUUAAACCUUGGAGGAGAACUUCAUAUCAAGCACCUUGAGAGAGUGAGGAAUCCGGUGGAUGCAAAAGAAGCCAAUUUAGUGGGAAAGCAAAAUCUUAGUCGGUUGGAACUAAAUUGGGAAUAUGAUUGGGCUGAAGCUGAAUCACAGGAAAAUGUUGAAUCUGAACUAGUACUCAAAGCCCUUCAACCUCAUCCAAACCUAAAGGAGUUGGAUGUAACAGGGUAUAAAGGUACUCGAUUCCUGCUCUGGAUGAGGGGUUCAUGUCUUCAAAAUGUAGUUAAAAUCGAUCUCUCCUGGUGUAAAAACUGCUUACAACUUCCACCGCUUGGACAACUACCUUUGCUACGAAGCCUUCUUAUAGUGGGAAUGGAAGUAGUGGAGUAUAUUGAAAACGAAUAUCCUGGAGGUGGAGGAUUCCCAUCUUUGGAAGAGCUCAGAGUUAACAAAUGUUCGAAAUUGGAAGGUUUGUCAAGGGAGGAGGGAAGAGAGUUGUUCCCUGGCCUUCGUAAGAUAGAAAUUGGUGAUUGUCCUAAAUUGAGCUUCCCGCAUCUUUCGUCUCCCAAAGAAUUGUGGUUGGAUGGCAAGUGCACCAUGGUACUAAAUUCAAUAUCAAAUCUUAGUAGUCUCACUUCCCUAGAUAUUUGUGAUGAUAAAGAGACGGAUUGUUUUCCAAAAGAGUUUUUGAGGAACCUUACUCUUCUUGAGUCACUAUCGAUUUCGUAUUGUGAAAAGCUUAAAGUGUUGCCUGAAGACCUUGCAAGCCUUGUCACAUUGAAGUCAUUGAGUAUCAAAGUAUGUGAAAAGCUCGAGUCUUUGCCAGAGGAAGGGCUACGAGGCCUUGAAUCUCUCGAAUCGUUAAGCAUUUAUGAAUGCCAGCAGAUUGCAUUGCUUCCUGCAAGUAUUCAAAGCCUUACCAAACUCCAACGCAUACAAAUUGAGUUUUGCGGUCGUGAACUGGGAAGGCGAUGUGAGAAGGGAAAAAGGGAGGAUUGGUAUAAGAUAGCGCACAUACCAGAAGUCUCUAUUAUUAAGGGUUAUUUUUCUGACUCAUCCCAGGAACUUGAUAGCUCAUUGAGUCCUCCAUGCUCCAGAGAUUGUGCUGCCAUGCUCUUUAGGUCAUGA